AUUCUCAGCACAAAUUGGCCACAGCUUCAUUGGAGGAUAUUUGAGUAGCUGGAAGGGGAACAAAGUUCUGUGGUCACACCCCAUAGAUAAUCUGUAACAUGACCUGCACAUUUUCCAUUCUGUAAAGUUUUAUUUCUCUGUAAGUACAUUUGCUUCUUUCACCGAGCUGAGUUUUAUACUCAAAACAGCACCACCAUGGCUGCAAGAGGAUUAAGUGAAAGUUUGGAGAAGAAGCAGGAAGAGCCAGAAAAGACUACUUCUAAAGAUGGUUUGUUUUUAUAUAAUGGCGAUUUAUAUCCUGCUAUUAUCUGUUGCCCUGAAACACUGAAGAUCCUUGACACGUUUAAAGCGCGGACAGAUGAUGUGGUACUUGUGGGAUAUGCCAAAACUGGCACUAACUGGGUUGCCCAGAUGUUGACUGAGCUAGAAGCUGCAUCUGGAAAGUAUGAUGAAGAAGAAAGGAAACAAAGGCAGCAAAAUUUACAAGAAUUAAAGAUAGCCCCAUACCUUGAAUUUGGAGACCCAGGGAAAUUUGAGAGAAUGGAGAAGAUACCUUCCAGAAGAAUUAUAAAAACACAUCUCAUUCCACAUAAAAUUCCUAGGUCGAUUUUUGAACAAAAACCAAAGAUACUAGUUUUGUUUCGGAACCCAAAGGACACCGCAGUCUCUUACUACCAUUUCUCCAAAGGCAUGAGAUUGAUUCCCAGCGAGCAAACUUGGGAUGAUUUCUUCUCAGAUUAUAUGAAUGGAAAAGUUCCCUAUGGUGUUUAUUUAGACCACAUUAUUGCAUGGAACAAGUAUAUUGAUGACAAAAAUAUAAUGUUUACUACCUAUGAGGAACUAAAAGAGAAUACAGCACUGGGACUGAAAAAAAUAGCCGAAUUCUUUGAAUUUUCUGUGACUGAGCAAGAUAUUCAAACCAUUAUUGAAAAGACUAGUUUCAAGUCCAUGAAAGAGAAAGGUAUUGAAACCCAUGGAAUGGCAGCCAAGAGUCUUUUUCGUAAAGGCAUAGUAGGCGAUUGGAAGAGUCUCUUCACUGAAGAGCAGAGCAAAGAAAUGGACAGAAGAUUUGAAGAGCAUGCAGCAAGCACUAAGCUUGGAAAAAUGUUGAAAUAUGAUGUAUAUUGCAAGAACUAGAGGGCAACAGUGUGAGGAAUCCGUCAUGAUGUGAUUUUGGGUUCAUGGAAGAACAUAAAAAAUUGACAAAUGUAUUUCUGAAAAUAAAAAUUGCCCAAACAAUUCUUCAUAAGAAUUCUGCUAUUGCACUUCUCUGUCUCUGUUGUUUCCAUACAUUGUUGAUACAAUUUACAUUGUUUUAAAAUCUGAAAAGCUUUCCAACAGUAAUAAAAGCCUGUCA